GAUAACAAUAACAGACUACGGAAAUUUGGACAUAUAAAUAAGGCGCCAGUUUUCAUUUCUGGCUAUCGUCGUUUCCCUCUAAAAUGAAACUGAUCGUAGUUCUGUUUUGCGUGAUUGCUGUCGUAGCGGCCGCUCCUGGUAGAAGCUACUAUGGAUUGGCACCAUCCGGUCGUGUCGUGGGCGGGGUAGAUGCCUUACCUCAUCAGUUUCCCGCCAUAGUAUCCCUUCAACGUGUGGUUUUGAACAGAUCAAGCCAUGUCUGCGGUGGUUCUAUCAUCAACCCGCUAUGGAUUCUGACGGCAGCCCACUGCAUUACAGAACUGCCAGCGGGAACGCGUUUCCUUAUUUGGGCUGGUUCACACAACAUAAGCGCAGAAGAGGAAAACACCAGACAAAUCCGGGCAGUUGUUUAUUCUAUUACGCAUCCAGAUUAUCAGGGCGGGGUCAAUCCCUCCGAUAUAGCUGUAAUGCGGAUGGAGCGCCCUCUGGAAUACACUCAGUAUGUGCAAGAGUCUAUUUUUCCCCAACCGGGAGAAGUAUUCGAAUCUGGACCCUCGGUUCUAGCGGGUUGGGGAAGCACUGGUGGCGUUAUUCUACCGAGACUUCCGGAUAUCCUACAGACAGCGGAGAAGCCUUUGCUCGAUUUCGACACUUGUGAACGAGCCAACGGUGCAGGCUCACCACUGGGACCAACUAAUAUUUGUACAGGACCAUUAAGUGGUGGAGUCGCUGCCUGCUCUGGUGAUUCCGGUGGCCCGUUGUAUGUAGUCGACAAUAAUGGCCUACAGAAACAGAUUGGUAUUGUAUCGUGGGGAUGGUUCCCUUGCGGAACUGUUGGACGUCCAUCAGUGUACGUUGGUGUUCCAUCCUAUAUCGAAUGGGUCUACGCAACGAUAAACACCUUUUAAAAUUGUGUGCCAUGCUUUCAUAGUCCGGAAGCGAUGAUCGUUAGUAAUUAUUUGUUAUGAAAUUGAAAAUAAAUUCUAUAUCUGCAUGGAAAAAAAGCUGCUAAA